UUGUGCUCGGCACCAGUGUCGCAUUGAUUUUCAACUGCAGUUCAGAAUCCUCAUGGCUAAAACACCCACAUGGGAAUUCAUUUGUUCUGUUUCAAUUUAACCGAAUUUAACGACGUUUUUUUCCCCAUCACCUGCUGAGUGAGAUAUUUGUAAGAUAUUUGUUUUACCUAAUUUUAAACAUUCUUUGGAGAAAACAUCAGUCUUAUUUGAGAGGUAGCCUUUAACCUCGUUGAGGUCCCCAAAUGAAGGUUGAGGGUUUAGCUGAAGGCAGGGCUGGGGGUAACCCCUGCCCUGGUCCUGCCAGCCAGUGCUGUAUCUCGCGACUGCUAAGCGUGGUGGAGAGCGAGUUGCAAGCGGGGCGCGAGAAGGGGGACCCCACCGAGAAGCAGCUGAAGGUGACGCUCGAGGAAGCGGAACUGUGGCGGAAGUUUAAGGAAGUCACCAAUGAGAUGAUAGUCACCAAGAGCGGCAGGAGGAUGUUUCCGGUGCUGAAAGUGAGUGUAUCGGGUCUGGACCCCAACGCCAUGUACUCCUUCCUGCUGGACUUCCAGCCAGCUGACAGCCACCGCUGGAAGUACGUUAACGGGGAGUGGGUUACAGCCGGUAAACCGGAGCCUGCCGGUAAUGGUUGUGUGUACAUCCAUCCCGACUCACCCAACUUCGGAGCCCACUGGAUGAAGGCACCUGUCUCCUUCAGCAAGGUCAAACUCACCAACAAGCUCAACGGAGGUGGACAGAUCAUGUUGAACUCUCUCCAUAAGUAUGAACCUCAGCUCCACAUUGUGAGAGUGGGCGGAAGCCACCGAAUGGUCACUAACGUCUCUUUCAGCGACACACAGUUCAUCGCUGUCACUGCCUACCAGAAUGAAGAGAUCACCGCUCUGAAGAUCAAAUACAACCCGUUCGCUAAGGCUUUCCUGGAUGCCAAAGAGAGGAACCACCCGAACAGUCCAUUGGAGUCCCCAUUUGACAGCCAUAUGGGAAUUCAACACUGUGGCUGGUUUCUGUCUAACCCAGACUCGCUGUGUUCAGGUGGGGGUCCUAGCUUCCCCUAUAGCGGGGGUCUGCCUCUCGCCCCCCCUCAUGGGUACAAGCACUACCCCCCCAGGCCAGCUCCCUACCCCCCCUCCUACCUGCCGCACCGCACGCACCCUUCUGUCUCUCUGUCUGAGGGGCUACAGGUGUUGUCUGGGGGUCCUGAUGGCUGGUCUAGUGUCUCCUCCCCCGGCCCCUCCUCCUCAGCCCUACCCAUGACCACACCCUCCUCACCCCCGUCCACCAAUAGCAGCAGUCAGUACCCUUGUUUGUGGACGGUCGGGCGUACAGACGGGAGUCCUGCCUCUUCUCCCUGCGCCCAGCUUCAUGGACCAAUCAACAGCGAGAGCCACCCACAGCCACCCAAUCACGUCCGGCUGGGCGGGCCCGGUUGGCCACCUGUCUCCAGCCAUUCCUUCUAACAAACUAUAUGAUUGGUCGAUGCCCACAUGGGCAUGAUCAGUACUGCCCUGCGACCCGGCCCUGGAAGCCCUUUAAUGAACACAUCUUAGAUAAUAGGUGUUCCUCUGCCCAGGCGUUGCCAGAUGUUACAUCUUCUGGAAAGGUAUUUUAAGUAUCAGCUAACCACAUCAUAUUUCAUAGCAACCUGAUGCCCAGUCGAUGACGUGGCACAGAACCACUGGUUGAUGAAUGCAACGUCUGAGCAGGGGAAGGCGACCAACGUGUGUGUGCAUGUGAUGCCAUACAAAUGUGUUAGUGUGUGUGCACCUCAAAAAACGAAGGCCCAGAUUCAAUCAGAUCAAGCGUUAACUGGCAAUAGCAGACACCUGCAUAGCGGAUGUUUUGGCUUUGCUGGAGGUGGAACUGCGUUGGAGCUGUCAAAUCGGCGAGCAGCUGCUCUUGCGAUCAUUGUCACGAAGCCACACUGUCCCGCUGGCGUUAGAAGUUCAGAAGGAGAAAGUGGAGGCUGUAUAGAAAUAAUGACCCUCACAUUGAAAAACAUUCAACCAAAUAGUUUCUAUCAUCAUAAUGGAGGUGUAGAUCACAUCUCACAUUCCACUGUUCUGACUUAGAAACAAGGCUGCAUGGGAUUUCUGUUCAUGCCACUCCGUGCAGCCAAUGGCAAUGUCCACUUUAGGUAUAAUGCCAGGAGCCGCUUGUGGAUUUGACAGCUUCUAACGCAGUCCUACCUCCGGCACCUCCGAAACGACCGCUGUGCGGAUGUUGGACAAAGUGGAUCUGAUUGAAUCAAGCCCUAAAUGUCUCUGCCUGCUUUCAAAUGACUUAUCAUUCUAUGUUUGUGGUUCAGCCCUGACAGACUAACUCUGGGCCCUGACAGACUAACUCUGGGCCCUGACAGACUAACUCUGGGCCCUGGUAAUAAUAUAUGUCAAACUGCCAAUAUGCAGGAGUCAGAAUAAAUAUCUAUGUGAAACUACAGUACAGAAAAAUAUGUAUUAUGUCUCUGUCUUCAUUCUGUCAGCUUUAUGAUAAUGUUUCUGUCUGAUAAAUGCUGUUCAUUGUAAAACGCUGAAAAUAAACAUUGGCCA